GAGACCAGAGGACGAAUUAUGACACUCCUUCGAAAGAAUGAAUUAAACGUGCCUCCGCAUGUGUCUGAUUGACAGGCCUCCUGGGGAAAGGGCGUAUAAAGGAGCCGGUCACUGCCUGGAGGCAGAGAGAGCAAGUCCGAUGUCUGCAGCUUCCCCGGCCAGGCUUCUCUUCUCCGGAGGCAGCUAGUCCCCUCAGGACAGACCAGAGUACUGACUUCGGUCACCAUUCGCUUGCAAAACACACCAGGUCACGUGAACAAACUUCCCAGUGACGCUCAGGCUGUAGCUGUGCACUCUUCAACCCCGAGACUGGUUUUCUCCGAAGUGUCACAGGUGCAGACAGGAUGCUCUGGGCACUGGCCCUGCUGGCUCUGGGCAUAGGGCCAAGAGCUUACGCUGGUGACCAUGACAAGGACACUUCAUUUGACCUUUUCAGCAUCAGCAACAUUAACCGGAAGACCAUCGGUGCCAAGCAGUUCCGAGGGCCUGACCCUGGGGUGCCCGCCUACCGUUUUGUACGGUUUGACUACAUCCCCCCAGUGAACACAGACGACCUCAACAGGAUUGUCAAACUUGCGAGGAGAAAGGAGGGCUUCUUCCUGACAGCUCAGCUAAAGCAGGACCGCAAGUCUCGGGGAACACUCCUGGUGUUGGAAGGCCCCGGCACCUCCCAGAGGCAGUUUGAGAUUGUGUCCAAUGGCCCGGGGGACACUUUGGACCUCAACUACUGGAUAGAAGGCAAUCAGCAUACCAACUUCCUGGAGGAUGUGGGCCUAGCUGACUCCCAGUGGAAGAAUGUGACUGUGCAGGUGGCCAGUGACACCUAUAGCCUGUACGUGGGCUGCGAUCUUAUUGACAGUGUCACCCUGGAAGAACCGUUCUAUGAGCAGCUGGAAGUAGACAGGAGCAGGAUGUACGUGGCCAAAGGUGCAUCUCGAGAGAGUCACUUCAGGGGUUUGCUGCAGAAUGUCCAUCUCGUGUUUGCAGAUUCUGUGGAAGAUAUCUUAAGCAAGAAAGGCUGUCAACACAGCCAGGGAGCUGAAGUCAACACCAUCAGUGAACAUACAGAGACACUCCAUCUGAGCCCUCCUCACAUCACCACAGAUCUCGUGGUCCAGGGGGUGGAGAAGGCACAGGAAGUGUGUACGCACUCCUGCGAGGAGUUGAGCAACAUGAUGAAUGAGCUGUCUGGACUGCAUGUCAUGGUGAACCAGCUGAGCCGGAACCUGGAGAGAGUGUCUAGUGAUAACCAGUUCCUUCUGGAGCUCAUUGGGGGUCCUCUGAAGACAAGAAACAUGUCGGCCUGUGUGCAGGAGGGCCGAAUCUUUGCAGAAAAUGAAACCUGGGUUGUGGAUAGUUGUACCACAUGUACUUGCAAGAAAUUUAAAACAGUCUGCCAUCAGAUCACCUGCUCGCCUGCAACUUGUGCCAACCCAUCUUUUGUGGAAGGCGAGUGCUGUCCAUCUUGUUCCCACUCUGCAGACAGUGAUGAGGGCUGGUCUCCGUGGGCAGAGUGGACCGAGUGUUCUGUCACCUGUGGCUCUGGGACCCAGCAGAGAGGCCGGUCUUGUGAUGUCACCAGCAACACCUGCCUGGGCCCUUCCAUUCAGACAAGAACAUGCAGCCUGGGCAAAUGUGAUACGAGAAUCCGUCAGAAUGGAGGCUGGAGCCACUGGUCACCCUGGUCUUCAUGCUCCGUGACUUGUGGAGUUGGCAAUGUCACCCGCAUACGUCUCUGCAACUCACCAGUGCCCCAAAUGGGAGGCAAGAACUGCAAGGGCAGCGGCCGGGAAACCAAGCCCUGCCAGCGUGCUCCAUGCCCAAUUGAUGGUCGCUGGAGCCCCUGGUCCCCUUGGUCGGCCUGCACAGUUACCUGUGCUGGAGGGAUCCGUGAGCGCACACGUGUUUGCAAUAGCCCUGAGCCCCAGUAUGGAGGGAAGGACUGUGUCGGGGAUGUGACAGAACACCAAAUGUGCAACAAGAGGAGCUGCCCUAUUGGUGAGUUAGUGUGUGAGCCAGAGAAUCCAUGCAAGGACAAGACUCACAGCUGCCACAAGAAUGCAGAGUGCAUCUACCUGGGCCACUUCAGUGACCCCAUGUACAAGUGUGAGUGCCAGAUUGGCUACGCAGGUGAUGGGCUCAUCUGCGGGGAGGACUCAGACCUGGAUGGCUGGCCCAACAGCAAUCUGGUGUGUGCUACCAAUGCCACCUACCACUGCAUCAAGGACAACUGCCCCAAACUGCCAAAUUCCGGCCAGGAGGAUUUUGAUAAGGAUGGAAUCGGAGAUGCUUGCGACGAGGAUGAUGACAAUGACGGUGUGAGCGAUGAGAAGGAUAAUUGCCAGCUUCUCUUCAAUCCCCGUCAAUUAGACUAUGACAAGGAUGAGGUUGGAGACCGCUGUGACAACUGCCCUUAUGUGCACAACCCAGCGCAGAUCGACACAGACAAUAAUGGCGAGGGGGACGCCUGCUCUGUGGACAUCGAUGGAGACGAUGUUUUCAAUGAGCGAGACAAUUGUCCAUAUGUCUACAACACUGACCAGAGAGACACGGAUGGUGAUGGCGUGGGUGACCACUGUGACAACUGUCCUCUGAUGCACAACCCAGAUCAGACCGAUCAGGACAAUGAUCUCGUUGGAGACCAGUGUGAUAACAAUGAGGACAUAGAUGAUGAUGGCCACCAGAACAACCAAGACAACUGCCCGUACAUCUCCAACUCCAACCAGGCUGACCAUGACAACGACGGCAAGGGCGAUGCCUGCGACUCUGACGAUGACAACGAUGGUAUUCCAGAUGACAGGGACAACUGCCGGCUUGUGUACAACCCUGACCAGGAAGACUCAGACGGUGACGGUCGAGGUGAUAUUUGUAAAGAUGACUUUGACAACGAUAAUGUCCCAGAUAUUGAUGAUGUGUGCCCCGAGAACAACGCUAUCACUGAGACAGACUUCAGAAACUUCCAGAUGGUCCCUCUGGAUCCCAAGGGGACCACACAAAUUGAUCCCAACUGGGUAAUUCGUCACCAAGGCAAAGAGCUGGUGCAGACAGCAAACUCAGACCCUGGCAUCGCUGUAGGUUUCGACGAGUUUGGGUCUGUGGACUUCAGUGGCACUUUCUAUGUCAACACUGACCGGGAUGACGACUAUGCUGGCUUCGUCUUCGGCUACCAGUCAAGCAGUCGCUUCUAUGUGGUGAUGUGGAAGCAGGUGACCCAGACCUACUGGGAAGACAAGCCCAGUCGGGCUUACGGCUACUCUGGUGUGUCACUCAAAGUGGUAAACUCCACGACUGGUACUGGCGAGCACCUGAGGAAUGCCCUGUGGCACACGGGAAACACAGAAGGCCAGGUUCGGACUCUAUGGCAUGACCCCAAAAACAUUGGCUGGAAAGACUACACUGCCUACAGGUGGCACCUGAUCCACAGGCCUAAGACAGGCUACAUGAGAGUCUUAGUGCAUGAAGGAAAGCAAGUCAUGGCUGACUCAGGACCAAUUUAUGACCAAACCUAUGCUGGUGGACGGCUGGGCCUGUUUGUCUUCUCCCAAGAGAUGGUCUACUUCUCGGACCUCAAGUAUGAGUGCAGAGAUGUCUAGAGAGCAGGGCUCCAGCCCUGGCAAUGUGCUGCAAACACCCCUUCCAAGACACAUCGGUACACCUUGGCACUUGUGGCUUUUCUGUCAUUCAGCAUUUCCUGUUUCUUGACCUUAACUGAGUGGAUCUUCACCUCCUUCAUCAGCACCAAGUUCAAGUGCCUUCAAAGGAUAAAAAUCAAGUGCAGUCCAAGAUGAGCAUCCAGCCUGCUGCUGGAAAACAGUUGGAUGAGAUAUGAGGCUCACUGUGGAGCGAAGACCGAGCAUGCCACUGUGUUGCCUUUUCUUGUUUGUUUAAAAAGAAUGACGUUUACAUGUAAAAUGUAAUUACUUGCAGUAUUUAUGUGUAUAUGGAGUUGAAGGGAGUAUUGUGUAUAAGUCAUUCUCAUAAAUUAAGCAUGAAAAAUAUGGCUCACCUACCUUCAGUGCUUAAUGUUGUCACUGUUCUUGGAUUCGUGCUGUUCUACAAUAACACACAAAUCCUGUGAGGCUGAACAGGAAGAAAGAUCAGGUGAACGCGGCUGCAGUAAGGAAGAGGCCAGAAGACAGUCAAGUGAGACUGUGGCCCCGUGUCCAGUGAUUUGAAAUGUUAACUAAUUAGAACAUAGAAAGUGAUCGAAAAGUUAGAAGAAAAGCAGCUCUUACUUGGCCACAGUUAAAGCUGACUUGACAGAGACAAAAAAGCUGCGUCCUUGCAAAGGGGAGUAUUUCAGGGUUCCAGCUGUAGGCUUCUCAGAGCUUUCAGAAGAAAACCUCAGCAGAGGCAAUGUCCAUUUAAACGGCCCGCCUGGGGUGGGCCGUGUGAGAGCAUUCCUGGCUGGAUGUCAUCAGGCUAUGCAUAUUAACGGCUGGGAUCUCUUUCUGGGCACCCUUUCUUGUCCCUGCUGCUAGGACACAGACUGGCAAAUAAGUUGGCAGAUGCACUUUGGUACCCUGCUCCUACUCUAGGCUUUAGAAUGAUGCAAAAGCUGCUUUUGCCGAAUUUGGUAAUGCAUUUCCUUAAGGGUCCAGGUAUGGCUGUUUUGUUACUAUUUAUUAAAUGAUUUGGAAUAUAGCUCCACUCACCAAUAAUUUAUUUUAAACAUGUGAAGUAACAAGUAUGUAGUACCUGAUUUCUAGAAAUAAGCACAUGACAAGGAUAUAAUGAUAUAAAGACACACUUACAAAUAUCUGCUGUUUGAAAUACAAGGUUUUAUGUCAUGAUAGAAUGGAACCUUAAUAUGCAUCCUUACCAAUAAUUUUAAUUCAGUUCUUUUUACUAUUAUCUAUUUGUUGUAUAUAGGUUCUUUUUAUUUUAAUGCUUAAGGAAACAUCAUUUUUUUUCCAGACACAUCCGUUAAUCAGUCACACCAUAACAGAAAUAUGCUUGAUUUUUUUUGUUUGCUUUAAGCUGCAUGAUCUCCCAGCAGGAAGUACUGCCUCUCUUGCUCCACAUGAGUUCAGUGGAAGUAUAUUUUGUCCCUCUGGUGGGGUAGGUCUCAGUCUCAGUUCUAGUAAUGGCAACUGUAUUUCUAAGUCAGACAGAAAGAACACACGGUUUUGAUCUGAGUUUCCAUAGUUUGUCUGGAUGGAGUUACUUGUGUUGAAAUCUCUGAGGGUGAGUUUCCUUGUGUGUUGUUACCCUGCACUUUUUAGAUUUUUGUGGAACUGUAUUCCCCAGGCCAGCACAGGGUCAGGAGACUUCCGACCAUGAGGAUGUGAAGAACAUUUAGGCUCUCACAUGGGCAUUUGGUUCAAUGGUACAAGGUGGUGGGGGCGAUGUGAAUACAUUCAAUGUACCAUAUUAUUUUUGUAAAUUAUUUAUGUAGUUUUUUUUUAAAAAAAACAAAAGCUUCUCAUAUACGUUAAUGAAACAUUGUUUUUUUUUUGCCAAAGAUUGUAAAUAUUUAUUUAUUUGUUCGUUGGGUUAAAUUUCACCACCACAACCCCUCAUUUAGCUAGAGCUUCAUUUUUAUACCAAAGAUUAUCAACAGCAAAUAAAUUAUAAAAAAGGUUUCUG